AUGACAGUCGUGCAUCACGGACACGAUGUGAUGGGGGCCGACCCUGUACAUCACCGACGUGGCGGUCCCAGAAUCCGCAAGAAGACUGCUUCCAACUCACCGCCGCGCGCCUCAUUGAACGCUCAUCCACAAGAGGCUGACAGCCUUCUGCUUCCCGACGCAUCCCAACAGCCUGUCGACGUGCAAAACUAUGUCGACCCUGGCGCCGGACUCGGCCAGUUGCCGGACAUGCCUCAAGACAGCGACUUCAUUUUUGACAGCCUCUUCCCCACGGCCUUCUCCACCGGCGUGUUCGACGGCGUGUCCGUACCACAGGGCAUCCUCCCGGUGCCUGCAACGUCAGGACCUCUGGUCCGUACCUAUCGCAGCGACCGCACACUGCUCCAGGCCUACUACUGCUGGAUACACCCUUACGUACCGAUUUUGCCACCACCUGAGACAUCCCCACCGGUCGACGAGCCCAUCCCGCUAUCGCAAAAUGAACCACCUCUGGAAGAGGCCUUCGAACCGUCAACACCCAUUGCCCUUGCCCUCUCGGCCGUGCUCGCUCUGAUCCCAUGUGCCGAAGACACAAACCCGUCCGGCCCGGACUCCGUCCUGUUCCGCCGUAAGUGUGCGCAGUUUUUUGCACAGUCUGCCAUUGAAUCCAUCGAAGCCGAAUCGGAAAUUCCGCACUCGGCAACAGAGCCGCACAAGGCACUCGAAUCAUCACCACCACCGGCCGACCAUCGGCCCUUCCACCCCCGCGUCCCUGUCGAGCUUGAGAGCAUCAUCGCCCUCGACUUGCUCAGUAUCUACGAAUAUGCGCAGCGAGGCAACAUCAAGAAGAUGCGCACGCGCGCAGGGCAAGCAUUGAUGGAGGCCAUGACAUCCUUCUCGCUACACACGCAGACAGACGACAGCGAUUUCUUUGCAGAGGCCAAGCGGCGGGUGUGGUGGAUGACCUAUGUCUGUGCGACGCAGAGCUCGAUCGUGAGCAACACGCCUCCUCCGCUGGAGCUGUACAACGCGUCGUUCACGACCAAGUAUCCUACAUUGGAUGUCGAUCCAGAAGCAUGGCCCGUCUUCAUCGAGUCCCAGCAAGCAAUACUCGCAGCGACGCAAUUCGUCAUCCAAAUGAACAAGGCCCUGGCCACGCAAGGUGACAUGGAGCCAAUCUAUAAGAAAAUGACAGACCUGGAGAGCCGCAUAGCGCCCAUGGUAGAACGCUCCGAGAGCUGGGCAUUCAGCGGUUGCCUGGCACCGGUUGUCGAACCCGCCGAGACGUGCUUGAUACGGACGCUACGGAGCAUGGCUCGCAUCAAAAUAAACAGUGCCCGGGUAAAGGUGCACCGGUACUGCGCCUUUUACGACGUGCCCAUCUUUAGUGGCAAGCACUGUGACCUCAAGUCUACCUCGGAGGUGGCCCCGGACGGCUACGAGCCAUUGCCGUGGCCAUUGUGCUGCACCCCUCUUAGCAGCCUUCAUUCGGCAAGCAACUCGCUCCCCCACAGCCACUCAACGACCAACUCAACGAAGACUUCCGGGAGCCCGGAGAGCUUGUCGUAUGUCUCGUCCCUCGGCUCGCCACCACAGACUGGUACGGCCUCACCGCCAACGACAAACCACCAACAGCAGCUCGAGGCCGCCAUUAUGGUGGCAACGAUGAGCGACGUUGAUAUGGCGGGCAACCACGCCGGCGGCGCUCACGACAGCGGCACCACAAGCAGCGUCAACAACGGCAACGGCAACAGCAACGGCAGCAACACGAGGGUGCCUUUCAGCAGUCACUACUCCGCCAAAAUCUGCUUACGAUCCGCGCUCAACAUUGCGCGCGGGUUUGACGGUCUUCCAUACCCUAACCCGUCGGGUCAGUACGGACUGGAGCUCGGCUUCCUGUCGCCAACAUCGCCCAUUGUAGCGCCACGGAUGCUGCCGUCGUUUGUGUGCUGCGCAAUGCAGGGUGCAUAUGUGUUCCUGUCCAUCUACCGGAAGACCAAGGUCCUGCAGCCAAGCACAUCGAGCAACGGCUACCUCGUCAGCAUGCUUGUGCAACUGCAACGGGGGUUGACGUCGAUCCUGGCAGCACUGGAGAACUACGCGACCGCGUUUGAGGCGUUGCGUUCGAUGCGAGAUCAAAUUCGCCUCUCGGCCGAAAGCCUGAUGUUACUGGAGGAACCAGUUCCUUGA